CUGCGGGGACCCAGUGCUGCCCCGCUGCGCCCGCCCGCUCCGCCGCGCACUGUUGUCAUGGAGGAGCCAAGAUGGCGGGCCUGGCCUACACCCUGGGCAAGCGGGAGAUCAACUACUACUUCAGCGUGAGGACCGCCAAGGCGCUGGCGCUGGGCGCCGUCCUGCUGCUCGCCGCCUGCCACGCCGCCUCCCGCCGCUACCGAGGUGAUGAUACGUGUGAGUAUCUUUUGUCCAGCGGGAGAUUUCUUGGAGAAAAAGUAUGGCAGCCUCAUAGUUGUAUGAUGCACAAGUAUAAAAACAGUGAAGCAAAAAAUUGCCUCAUAGACAAACAUAUUGUGUUUUUAGGAGAUUCUAGAAUUCGACAGCUGUUCUAUUCAUUUAUAAAAAUCAUAAAUCCUCAAGUCAAGGAAGAAGGAAAUAAGCAUGGAAAUAUCCCUUUUGAAGAUAAAUUUGCUUCAAUUAAAGUGGAUUUCCUGUGGUAUCCAGAAGUUAAUGGCUCUAUGAGGCAGCGUAUCAAAUCUUGGACUGAGGGGUCUGUGGCAAAACCUCAUAUAAUUGUAGCAGGAGCUGCCACGUGGUCCAUCAAGAUUCACAAUGGCAGCAAUGAAGCCCUCACACAAUAUAAAAUCAAUAUCACUUCAAUUGCACCUCUUUUGGAAAAAUUAGCAAAAAGUAGUGAUGUUUACUGGAUCUUACAAGAUCCUGUUAAUGAAGAUAUGCUGAGUGAGAGUCGGAAAAUGAUCACUAAUGAGAAAAUAAAUGCUUAUAAUGAAGCAGCUGUCCGUAUUUUGAACAGCAGCUCCCGAAAUUCAAAAGCUAAGGUUAAAUUGUUCAGUGUAUCAAAACUGAUAGCACAAGAAACGAUUAUGAAGUCUUCAGAUGGCUUGCAUCUGCCUGAAUCAAGCAGGGAUACGAAUGCAAUGAUUCUUAUGAAUGUCUACUGCAAUAAGAUAAUGAAGCCCAUUGACGGCUCCUGCUGCCAGCCUCAGCCUCCUCUCACUCUGAUACAGAAAUUAGCUUUCUGUUUCUUUACUUUGUCCAUUGUUGGAUAUUUUGUUAUCAGUUUAAUUCAUCGGAAUAAUUAUCGAAAGAACAAAUCAUGCACUGAUUUGGAAAUUGGAGAGGAGAAGAAACCUACCAGCAAUACUCCUAAUGUUUCUACUUUAGAGAUGCUGUUACACUGUUUCUGCAAACUUGGUCUAAUCAUGACCUAUUUUUAUCUAUGUGACAGAGCAAAUCUUUUCAUGAAGGAAAAUAAAUUUUAUACACACUCAUCUUUCUUCAUACCGAUCGUCUAUAUCUUGGUUUUGGGGGUAUUUUAUACCGAAAAUACAAAAGAGACUAAAGUGUUAAACAGAGAACAGACUGAUGAAUGGAAGGGCUGGAUGCAGCUUGUUAUUUUGAUUUAUCAUAUCUCUGGAGCAAGCACUUUCUUGCCUGUGUACAUGCACAUUCGAGUUCUGGUGGCUGCAUAUCUGUUCCAAACAGGUUAUGGGCACUUCUCAUAUUUUUGGAUAAAAGGGGACUUUGGUGUGUACAGAGUGUGUCAGGUAUUAUUUCGCCUCAAUUUCUUGGUCGUGGUUCUGUGCAUAGUGAUGGACCGACCGUACCAGUUCUACUACUUUGUGCCACUCGUUACUGUCUGGUUUAUGAUCAUUUAUGCCACCUUGGCUAUGUGGCCUCAGAUAGUCCAGAAGAAAGCAAAUGGGAACUGCUUAUGGCACUUCGGUUUACUGCUUAAACUGAUCUGCUUACUGGCCUGUAUAUAUGUUCUCUCAUAUUCUCAGGGUGCAUUUGAGAAGGUAUUUUCUUUUUGGCCACUGUCCAAGUGCUUUGAACUGAAUGGGAACGUCUAUGAAUGGUGGUUUAGGUGGAAGUUGGAUCGUUAUGUAGUUUUUCAUGGGAUGCUGUUUGCUUUUAUUUAUCUGGCAUUGCAGAAGCAUCAGAUGAUUUCAGAAGGGAAGGGAGAUCCACUUUUCUCCAGCAGAGUUUCAAAUGUUCUAUUAUUUAUUUCAAUUGUAUCCUUUUUGACCUAUUCCAUUUGGGCUAGUAGCUGUAAGAACAAAGCGGAGUGCAAUGAACUGCAUCCUUCUGUUUCAGUGGUGCAGAUUUUAGCUUUCAUCCUCAUCAGGAACAUUCCUGGUUAUGUCCGUUCCGUAUAUAGCUCUUUUUUUGCCUGGUUUGGUAAAAUUUCUCUAGAGCUUUUCAUUUGCCAAUACCACAUCUGGCUGGCAGCAGACACAAAGGGGAUCUUGGUGCUCAUUCCUGGCUACCCGAUGUUUAACGUUAUCGUCAGCACUUUUAUCUUUGUGUGUGUGGCACAUGAGAUUUCUCAGAUCACUAAUGAUCUAGCACAGAUUGUGGUUCCUAAAGAUAACUCAACUCUGCUGAAAAGGUUGCUGUGCAUAGCUGGGUUUUUUUCUGGACUUCUCUUCUUCUCAGCAAUGCAAGAGCAGUCAAGGCAUUAAUUUGAAAGAGUUCUUGAAAACUUUCUUCAGGUUUGCUUUGUGUCUGCCUGAAUAAAAGUUCUCAACUGGAGGUACAAGCAGACAUUUACAUGAGGUGAGUGGAAGAUGUAUAUAGUGGAAAUGUACAUAUUUCAUGUGAAAAUAACCUUCUCCAAGAAAGUGAGAAACAAGAAUGCACUGUACAGAAUUGCAUGUGAAAACAGGUCUUUUUCUACUGGAUAUAUGUUUCUGUUUACAUAUCUGUAUAAACGUGGCAAAACAAAGUGAAGUGAAAUGGAAUAGCAGCGUCAUGUGCGAAUCAUGGAAUGGUCUGUUCCUUGGGUCCUCCAGAUGGAGGGUGGAUGCUACUGCACAGCGCGCAGAGUAACGCACGCUGUAGUCAUUCUUAUCAAGGAAUGAGAGGAGAGCAGAUUUGCCCUCCUGUGUUAAUGGUCACCUUUAGCUGAUGUGAAACAUGAAGUUAUUUCUCUGGUAAAUCAGGGCAUUUUUCUAAACCAAGUGGUAAUUUGUUGUUCAGGUGAAAAUAGUAUCUGUCAUGUGAAACCCUUUAUACACAGAAACAAAAAGCACCACUUCAGUGACUUAAGAUGAUAUGCAAGUUGACAAAACAUUUUGUGUGUUUUUAAGACAUUUCCAAGAAGUAUGGUGAAUUAUGAGGUGAAAUCUUGUUAAAGAUGUAGAAUUGUUUUUUUCUCCCCUAAAGCUGUUUGCCUUGUUGCAAGUUUUCCACUAAUUCAUGUAACUACGUGCAGUUCUUUCUGUUCAGUCCCCAUGUUGAAGCUGUUGGAAAGAUACUGAGCUGUUUCUUCAUUGUGUACGUUAUUUCCAAUGUUUGGAAAGUUACCCUCCUUAAUGAGAACGUGAAUCACUGAAAGAUGUAGUAAAGGUCAACACUGGUGGACAGGAUGCAUUGAUUGCCAUCUGUGCCAGUAUUAGCAGUCAUGGAGAACUUUGAACUUGAGGGGAUGAUGUUUGUUUCGUUCUUCACAAGCCGAGUGUUGUAGAUAUAAUUUUAUUUAUCUGUUGUACAGAUUUGGUUAAAAGAUUUAUUUUUAAUGUUUGAAAUAAUGCACUUGUUUACUAUUACUGUACGUGGGAUAAAUAUAUUUUCUUUUCAUGUUACGUAAUAUGAAGUAAUUUAAACAUUAAAUAAAUGUGCUGUGGAUGCUUAUUUUUCUAAUGGGAACAGCAGCGAUGAAGUAGAAGUUUUUUUUUAUUGCUUGACUCCAGCUGGGCUGCAGCUCACUACCACACCUGUUGUAAAUUGAUGAUUAGUAUUGCAGAAUUUCUCUGAAGUGAUAUUCUGGACACUGUUGCUGCACAUUAAGGGGAGAUGUUCACUUGCAUAGCUGCAUGUCUGCUUGACCCUGAGUGUAACGCCGGGGCUAAAGAAGCCCUGCCCGGUGGUCCUUGCAGAGCACACAGCUGGAGGUACAGCUCCAGCAGCCAGAAUCGCUGCAGUGUGUGGGUGAUGCUCCAAGGUACCAUUGCUGGGGAGAGAGAGAAUGCAGUCCCCUUUGGGCUAUAAACCAGAAGCUGUGGCAGAUAUUUCUGCAUGUAAUUCCUGAUCAUCAGUAAGAUCAGGAAACCCAUCCUUAGUUUGUUUGGUUUAAGGAAUUUAGCUUAAUGUAGCUGCUCAGGUCCCAUACAAAGUAGUUAACAUAAGAGGGGCUGCUCAAAUAAGGCAUUCAGAGCAUGCAUUCCUCUCCCCGAGUGCGCAGGGAGGUGUGGGGCUGUUCUCUCUCACAUGGGCACCUGAACGCAGUGGUGCAAAUCCUCUCCCAUCCUUCUCAUGUUAAACAGAAACCCUGUGCAGUGAGCACCAUUUCUUUCUUUAAUUCUGAAGCACUGCCAUCUGACUGACCCAAACUGUAAAAAAAACUGUUCAGGCAUCAUUAUGUAAUAAACAAGCAAUGACAUUGCUACUUAAUAGUUGUCUUAUUUAUUAGAUUUUACACUUCAUAUAUUUACAGAGACACCUGUAGUGCUUUUUACUUGAUUGUAGACAAUCUGGUUACAAUAUCAGUUGUACUGUCAUUGCACAUUGCUAAAAGAGGCUGUAACUUUGCCAUUCCAUUUAUCACCGGUUUUAACUAUUAUUAAUUCUUUAACCAUCAAGUGUCUUCAGUCAGCUUUAUACAUCUGUGCUUCUGUGGUAAUUAUUUUAAUAAGUAAAAAAUAAAUCAUUUCUUAUUAAACUUACCUCAGCUGCCUGAAGAUUUCAAUCAUAAAACAGUUCAGGAGUGCUUAACACCCAUCAGCUGCAUCAUCAGUUUUGUUCAGAGGACGUGCAGCACCUGCUGCUACCACCUGAUUCUUUGUGCAUAUAUGU